CCAACACUAACCAUGAAUCCAACGCCCAACACAAACGCUUCCAACGACAAUGCAAACCAAGAGGAUGAAAAAAUCGUUCUACAACCUUUCAACCAUUUCAAACAACUGCCACCCUUAAACGACUUCAUAGCGAAAAUCUGGUCAGCCUUUGACUCCUGGUUCCAAAUACCCAAAGACAAAUGCAAAGAAAUUUCGAUUUUAAUGACCAAAUUACUAGCUGGUGUCUACAUAACGGACGAUUUGGUCGACAAUUCGGUACUGCGUAGAGGCAUUCCGACGUCCCAUCUGGUCUAUGGAAGGUCCAGAACGAUUUACUCGUCCAUUUUUGGCACCAUUUCAGCAAUUACCAAAUUCGAUGACCCCAGGGUAGUCGACGUUUUUAUUACGAUGGGUUUAAAGCUGUUUCAAGGGCAGCUUAUGGAAAGGUACUAUACCAGAAACGGGAUAUGUCCAACAGAGGACGAAUACCGGAAAAUAGUGCUUAAUAAAACAUCGCCAACUGUUUCGUUUGGACUACUUCUACAACAAACAUUCGCGAGUCAGAACAGGACGACAAAUUUUGAGCAAGUUCUCGUCACGUUGGGACUGUUUAUCCAAAUUUGCAACGACUACAUCAGUCUGAAGUCAAGUGCCUACGCAGACCUUAAAACUUUCGGGGAUGAUAUAACAGAAGGGAUUUUUACUUUUCCUAUCAUACAUGGUAUACAGUCGCGCCCUGAAGACCACCGACUCAUGGACAUCAUGAAGCAAAAAACUUCCGAUUAUAACGUAAAAAGACACUUUGUGAAACUGUUGGAAGAAUUUGGAAGCUUAGAUUACACUCUAAAAACUCUGAAAAAAUUGAAGCAUGAGCUUGUUGAAGAAACCAAGAAAGUUGCACCGAAUCCGGAUUUAGAGAAGAUUUUAGAUGAUGGUUUAAAUCAUAUAGAAGCUCUUGUGAUGUAACAAUAUUUAUUGUUGUUGAUUUUCAAUAUUCAUUAAAGAG